AGAAAGGGGGCUAAGUGAUAAAACGAAACGGCAGGCAGGCAGUCGUCUUCCUCCUCGCGGAAACCUGCUGCAUCCAUCCACUGUCCCAGCCAGAGCCAGAGCCAGAGCCAGAGCCAGCCACCUCUGCCUCUGCCUCUGCCUCCUCACUUGCCCUCUGCCCCCAAUCCCUUCCCCAAACCCCAGCCGCGGCCACCCAACCCCACCCGCCUCGCAAACCCUAGCUCCGCUCCGCUUCCCCAUGCGCCCCAAACCCUAGCUGCCCACCCGCCAUGCGCGCCUCCGCCCCCAUGGAGACCCCCGCGUCCGCCCGCAGAUCCGCCGCCCCCGAUCCUGGCGCCAAGAAGCCGCGCCUCGCGCAAGCGCCGCCGCGGGACCCCAGAUCUUAUACCGCCGGCUCCAAUGGCAGCUCAGCCUCCGACCAGGCGCAGGUCGACGAGCUGCUCGCGCAGUACCGGACGGCGCUCGGGGAGCUCACCUUCAACUCCAAGCCCAUCAUCACCAACCUCACCAUCAUCGCCGGCGAGAACCUCCAGGCCGCCAAGCCCAUUGCCGCCCUCAUCUGCGCCAACAUCCUCGAGGUUCCAAGUGAACAGAAGCUACCAUCUCUAUAUCUACUUGACAGUAUCGUCAAGAAUAUUGGAAAAGAUUAUGUUAAACAUUUUUCUGCAAGAUUACCUGAGGUGUUCUGCAAGGUGUAUAAACAAGUUGAUCCUUCUAUACAUCAUAGCAUGAGGCACCUUUUUGGAACUUGGAAAGGGGUGUUUCCUCCAGCUUCACUCCAAAUGAUUGAGAAGGAACUUGGUUUUCAGUCAUCUGCCAAUGGAUCAUCAGGUGCUGCACCAUUGAGGCCUGAUUCUCAAUCCCAGCGCCCAUCCAAUAGCAUUCAUGUAAAUCCAAAAUAUUUGGAAGCGAGACAGCAGCUCAAUCAACCAACUAAGGGGAUACUGGGAAGUGGUGUCAAGACAGCUGGAAUUGCUGAUGCCGGCAGUGAUAUUGAGAGGGCUAACAGGAUGGGUACUGAUAGAAGUGCAGGGCGACACUUAGAUGCUCCGAACGCUAGGCCUAACAUACAGCGCACUCAGAGGGACCCUUUUAGCAAUCCUAUUCAUGAAAAACAGGCAGGUAGAGAUGUGAGGAGCCUUGGAUUCUCCAACAUUUCACAGCAGCCUGUUGUGGGAGCUGGUCAAGUUCGUUCAAAAUCCAAAGGCCAAGAUGGAAUCGGGGGGCCAUAUUAUACUGCUAGUGUUGGCUCUUCUGAAGAACAAUUUGGCAGGCGCAGCAACUUUUAUGCAAACAAGGAUGUUCGGCCAUCAGGAUCUGUACGUUUGGAUAGUGCACUUCUCCCAACUCCAAGUAAUUCCAAUAGAAUCGGUAGGCCUUCAUCAAACAAAAGCUGGAAGCACUCUGAGGAAGAAGAGUAUGUGUGGGAUGAUGUACAUUCUCAAGCAGCAGAUUAUGGUGGUACCAAUACUGUAAGAAAAGGAGAAUGGAUGGCUGAUGAUGGCAAUGCUAAGUUUGCAAGCUUCCAAAGGGCUAAAUGGGCAGAGGUGGGAGCUGUUGAACAUCUAGACCCCAACUCAAAUAAACUAGAUAACUUACCAAGAUUUGGACAGGCAACAGGUCAAGAUAGAAGAAUUGCAACAUACAUGGAUCAGGAAGAAUACCUUCAUGGUAAGCGUGAGGUGGAAGCAAGAAUUGAUAGGGAAAUGAGACCUGAUGGACAGCAGUUCCCAGCACCUCGAGGUUCCUCUCUGUGGGUGUCACAGGAAAAAACACUCCCAGAUAUUGGGCUGGAUCCUAGGGUAUCACAAUUUCCCAAUCAGCCAGCAGAUAGGCCCAACAUUUAUGUGGGCACCAUGUCAUCAAGUAUCACGUCAUCUGUUCCUGUUGGAUUAUCAGGAUCCUAUGCUGGAAGAUCAAGCCUAGAUAGUGCAACUAGUGUGCCAACAAGAUCAACUCAUAGAUAUUGGUCAUCUUCCCCUCCACCUGCUCACUCACCUUCAUCUCCUGCACCCUUUGCAGGUCAGAGUUCCCCAAGUCCAACCGAGCCUGAUUUUUAUCCCUCCAGAUCAUUUUCUCAAUUGGGUCAAAAUCCUCAAGAAGAAUAUGGCCAAAGAGCAUUACCAGUACUUGCUAAAGAUUCUCACGUCUUAGCUCAAAAUACUGGACUUACUCAGGGCCAACCUAGUCUACAGGCAACCUUGUCACUGGGUUCCCAGCAGACGCAAAGGCACUCUACCUUACAGUCAAAGCCACAUCUCAAGCCAACUGAUCAAGUGCAGGCAAGCUUCUCACAUGAAAAUUCUUCAUUGCUGUUCAGACCUUCUAUCCAGCUUGGAGAAGUCUCCUUGCCCAGUGAUUCCGCCCCUAUAAGCUCAGAUCUGACAAGCGCUAGUAAUUUGUUGGCUGGCCUCAUAAAGAGUGGGUUCAAACCAAAUAACCCCAGUAAUCUUGCAAGCUUGAGGUCACAACCUCUUGUUCCAAGUGGGCCACCUACACAUUCUUUGACAUCUCCUUCAGCUGCUUCUUCAUCGCCGCAAAGUGCAGCUCGUGAAAAUGCCACUUUGCAAACCCAGACACCAAACACUGCUCGCCCACCUUUGCCACCAGGUCUGCCACCCCCUCCAUCUGUUGUUUGCCUGUCAACACAGAUCGCGGAGAAAGCUGCACCGCUCUCAAGUCUUCUCAGUUCCCUGGUUGCAAAGGGAUUAAUCUCUUCUCCAGCCACUGAUCCAUCUGUUGUGGUUCCAUCACAGCCAAAUAAGCCAUCAAGUUCUAACUCCACAGAUGGCACUGCUUCAGCUAUGCCUUUGCCAACUGUCAAGCCUUCAGUUGGCAAGGAGACAUCUACUCCUGAUUCAUCUGUUCCAACAAAAACUUUGUUCACCAAAACUGUGGAAAUCAAGACGGGAGACCUUAUUGGUCUUGAGUUCAAGCCAGAGAAACUUCGCAAACACCAUGAGCAUGUGAUUAGCAGCCUCUUCCAUGACCGAAGUCAUCAGUGUAAAUCAUGCGGCCAAAGGUUCAGGCUUGAAGAGGAACUCAGCUUGCACAUGACGUGCUGUAGAUCGAGGGAGUAUGAGACCAUCUAUGCUGGUAUUGCACCUAAAAGAUGGUACCCUAGCAAGAAUACCUACAUUGAUGGAUCACAUGAAAUGGAGAACAGCACGGAGGUUUCUGCUGCUUCUGAUGCAGAUUUAGGUUCUGCAGAGGAAGUAUUGUGUGAGUUUAUGGUCCCUGCAGAUGAGAGCCAAAUUAUCUGUGCACUGUGUGGGGAGCCAUUUGAUGACGUUUAUUCCAUUGAGAGGGGCGACUGGAUGUACAAGGAUGCAGUCUUUUUGGAUUACCCGAAGGGAGAAAGCAGCCAUGGAGACAAUGUUGAGGGUAAAAUAGAGCAUGUACCCAUUGUACAUGCAAGAUGUAUGCCGAGAAACUCAAAUGAUGGCAUGGAGGUGGAUUAGACAUGAGCUGAGGCAGAAGCAACAGCUUGACUGGUGACAUCGAGGCGGAUGAGCCUGAAGCUGGUGCACAGCAGAAGCUUAAAUGGUGGCAUGGAGGUGGGUUUGCAUGAGGGUGAUGCGCAGCAGCAGCUCGUCUGUUGCAAUGGGGCUGAUGACAUGCAGCUGGAUUAGUGUGAAGGUGACAGGCAGUGUAACAAAUUUUUGGUCAAAGCAAAUUCUCACCAUUUGCCAUGUAGAAACAUGCUUACACAAAGAAUAAAGCCCCAGAGCACCUUGGCCAUGUGAAUCAGUAAGUCCUGAAGAAAUAAAAUCUCGGGGGGUCUGUUUUUUCUUUGGUUCCAUGGAUGGAGGAGGAUCUUUCUGUUGAUAGAAAGCACUGUCAAAGGAAUGUAUGGUUUGUUUACGAGGGAAAAGGGGAUGCCCCGCAUGUAAGUUGCUGUUGUUCUCGACAAACUUGCUCUCGUCUAUCUCUUGUUCGGAGAAGUAGAGAUUUUUGUACUUAAGAAACUGAUAGUAAUAGAACAUGAUAGAGGCAAGACUAAACAAGUUCGUUA